AUGGCGACUUCUGCAAUUUCAUUCCGUCCAGUAAUCAAAGCUUCUUCAUCAGGCAACGGAAAACAUGAUUUGAGCAAACAAAGGACUCAAGCUUCUCCACCUUCAUCAGCUAAUUGGUGGACACCAAUUUUUGGUUGGAAACAAGAAACUGAUUAUAUUGAGAAUUCAUCAUCAUCAAAACCUUCUGGUUCUGGAUCUGCUAAUAAAUUCAUGCCUGGUUGUUUUACUGAGGAGAAAGCUAAACAGCUUCGUAUCAAAGCAAUGGAAUCUGCUAAUUUUCAUGAUAUUAUGUAUCAUUCUGCUAUUGCUUCUCGUCUUGCUUCUGAUGUUCCCAUCCGUAAUGAUCUCUAG